AAACGGUCAUCCAGGUACUCACAAGCGUAAAGAACGUUCGCGUGAAGCUGCGCGAUGCAGACGGAACCAGGAGAACGAAUUAUUCAAAGCGUUGGCCCGACUGCUUCCACUUCAUCCGGAAAUCGCCCCGCAGUUGGACAAAGCGUCUAUCAUCCGACUGGUAGUCAGUUAUGUAAAACUAAAAACAUUUCUUGGUGAAAUGAAUCACAUCUAUAUGUCUGCUGAGUGCGACGAUAGAUCAAAUUCCACCUAUGAGUGCGGGAAUUCAACUGUAAUGGAUUGGAUGUUAUCUGAACUGUUACAGAAGAUUUGUUUGCAAAUUAAAAUGGCCUAUUCAGAAGAUUACAAAAUCUGCUGGUACCUGGGUAUUGCUGUCAUACUGCAGCCGAUCCGUGUUUCGGAAUUGAGCACAUCCUGUCAUACGUAUGUGCUUCGACUGACGGAUGAUCUUUGUAUACAAUACAUUGAAAAUUCCCAUUACCAGCAAACUCAACUGAGCUGGUCAUUGCUGUCUUCUUGGAUGAGGGCCCCAAGACGGACCAAAUCAACGGUUAGAGACAUUGUCAGACAUGGUCCAGCCCCGCCCCUAAUGGCGCUCGUGCAUCCGACCCAGUGCCUUCAAUGCAUAGUUCCCGUCUCUAAUGUGCAGCUACCCACCCCAACUCCCCAAAUCAUCGGUUUGGGCAACCUGGCAGUAUCCCAGCUGUUGUGCCACCUUCUGGUGGCGUGGCCGCCAGCUUCGGAAAUAACGUCUCUGCCGGUUAUGCUACAUAAGACGUUGUACCAGCAUGUGGAUCCUUUCGAGUUGAACAACCUGAGAUCUUCCCAUUUGGAAAGUGAGUUGGAAACGCGUGGAUUUUCCCCUAUGUUUAAACUUCAUUUUCCUAAACAUUCAAUGGAGGCAACCUUUCCUUUUUA